AUGCAGCUCCAGCUUCUCUCUAUGUCCGUUCUUGUCGCCUCCUGCGCUGCCGGGGUGAUUCCUGAGCACUCUCAUGAACACGACCUCGCCAUUGAUAUCUCGCCGAACCCUGGAAACGUUCUGGACAAGCGCGACACAUACGACUGCAAGGGCAGUGGCCUUUGCGGUAGCCUUACAACCUGCGACGAUGCAGUAAACAACAAGCUGAUCCGCAACGAUGACAUUAACUACGGCGCCCCUGGAAGUGGAAAGCCUUCCGGCUCGUGCUCGGCUCCUUUUGGUCCCAUGGGAUGCGGUGUCUUCAUCCAAGGCCCGUCGCACUGCACGCGCAGUGGUAAUCAGAUGUGGUGGGACUACCAGGACAUCCGCAAGAGUGGUUGCAGAAUCUGUGGAUCGAAGCAUUGGGGCAACGGAUGCUUGACUACCAUCAACUACGUUUCUGGAUGCUCCAGCUCUUCCUGGGGCAAAUAG